UUUGAUGAAUAUUAGUUUUUGAUCAACUAUUGUUCUUCCUAUUGUUACCAUUUAGAUGUAUAAUUCAAAAUCACUCUGGGCGUAUAUUUGUGCUCUACAAUCUGAGAUCAGAUAGAGCGCUCUAUCCCAUAUAGAUUUCCAAUAUUUUACCUGCAAUGUUUUCAGAUCAUAUGCCUAUUGUUUUGAAGGUGUUUAGUGAUAAGUUGAAAUUGACAUGGGGAAAACUAGAUGACAGUGGUUAUGCUGAAAGGCUUGCUGGGGAGAGUCGUAAAAUAGAUUUUCUACCAGGAAACAUAGAUGCAGCAAAUAAUUUAUUGACAAAAUUGAUAGCUGAUUCAGCUAGCGGCUCAAUAUCGCAGAGAGGAAAUAAGAUUGAUGUCAGGAAAAAUGUCUGGUUUGAUAGAGAAUGUGUAAGAUACAGAGAUCGCGUGUUUGAAUAUAAGUGGUUAUGUAAGAGAAAGAAAGAAGCUUAUUGGGCCGAAAUUAAGGAAAAACUAAAAACUGUAAGGGAUUCUAAGAAAUUUUGGGAGCUGGCUCGGUUUUUCAGGGAGGGAAAACUUACGCGAAGUGGAAAUAUUAGUCCAGAACAAUGGAUACAGCACUUUAGACAGUUGUAUACACCUGUUAGAAGUAGUGGACAGAUAUCGUGGGUUGAGCCUCUUGUUAUCGACGAUUUAUUAGACAAGCCAAUCGAGAUAACAGAAAUAGAUUUAGCUUUGAAAAAAGCUCGAAACAAUAAAGCACCAGGUGUUGAUAGAAUAACGGCUGAGUUUUUUAAAAAAGCGCCAAUAGAAUUCCGACAGCUAUUGUGCAUGUUUUUUAACCGUAUAUUUCGUUUUCUUGAUGUACCAAUGUCAUUCACAAAGUCUAUAAUAUUUCCAUUGUAUAAGAAAAAUGAUCCCAAUAAUCCUGAGAACUACAGAGCGAUUUCAUUUACUAAUGCAAUUUACAAAAUAUUUUUAAGUGUCUUGUUGACAAGAUUGGAGAAGUGGAUUUAUGGUCGAGAAGUCAUAAGUGAGAAUCAAGCAGGUUUUCGGAAAGGAUACUCCGCAAUUGAUAACAUUUAUAUUCUUUUCAACGUAAUUAAACAUUCUCUAUCCAUGCGUAAAAGAUUAUACUGUUUCUUCGUCGAUUAUAAAGCUGCGUUCGAUUCAGUAGAGACAAGCACUCUUUUAUAGACUGGCUGAGAUAGGAGUUUCAAAUAAAUUUGUUAAUUUGAUAAGAGCACUAUGUGGGCCGAAUGCAAAAUCAUCAAUAUGGUGCAAGGAGGGGCGUCAAACUGAAGACAUAAGUAUUGAAAGCGGAUUAAGGCAGGGCUGUCUGAUGUCUCCACUUUUGUUCUCCGCAUUUAUUUAUGAUAUUUGCGAUAUUUUGGGAGGGGGAAUCAAGGUAGGAGAUAUGAAAUUGAACGCUCUUCUUUAUGCAGAUGAUCUUGUAAUCAUUUCCGAUAAUGUUACUGAAAUGCAGAGAAUGAUCGAUAGACUACAUACUUAUUGUAAUCGUUGGAAUCUUGUUAUUAAUAUGGAGAAAUCAAAGAUGAUGGUUUUUAGAAAUGGAGGAAAGCUAUGUAAAAGAGAGAAGUGGAAGUAUGGGGGUGAACCUGUAGAAAUUGUGAAGGAGUAUAAGUAUUUAGGUUUAGUUUUUACAUCAACUCUGUCAUUAACGGCUUAUUUCAGGCAAAAAUUAAGUACAGCAAAAUUUGGAAUUCAGAGUUUGUGGAAUAAACUGAUAGCAAAUGACGAUGUGACUGUCUCAACAAAAUGGCAAGUUUUCAAUGCAGUUAGUGGAUCAACGGUUACCUAUGCAGCACAGGUGUGGGGUUAUCAGGAAAGAACUAUCUAGAAAUAUUCCACAAAUUUUUUAUUAAGCGUCUUUACUGGUUACCUAGAAAUACUUCUAAUUAUAUAUUGUAUUUGGAGACUGAUGUAAAAGAAAUGUGUCUCCAAACUUUAAGAAUGAACAGAGAUUAUGUUUUGAAAACAAUAGCGUUAUCAGAUAACAGGUUUCCCAAAAAAAUUACCAUUACGAUGUCUCGUGCCAUAAGUUUGGAUGGUGUGAGUGGGGGGGGGGGGAGUUGGGGAGAAGGCUGAUCGGUUAGAAUGAUAUUAAUUGGGUGACAGACCCAGUGACGAACUGUCUGAUCAAUGCAAAUUGAAAAGCUCGGAUGUAAUUAAUAAGAUUGAAGAAAUGUGGACAAGAGAUUUAUGGAAUAGAGCUGAAAAUGCACAUUAUCACUCAAUCUACGCUCAGCUCACACUGGAAAAUAAUCAAAUGAAUAAAAGUUACAUGGAUGAUAAGAAUAAGAGACGGUUCAUUAGUAAUAUAUUCAAAGCAAGAGGCUCCUUAUUGCCAUUAAAUUUCAGACCGGGUAGAGAGGGGGCUAAUAUAACGUUCUUUGUGCAAUAGUGGGGAAAGGGGAGAUAUUUAUCAUUUUAUAAGCCGCUGUAAGGUAUUGGGAGAGCAAAGGAAAAAUUGGUUACAGCACCAAGUACUAGGAGACAAAGUAGUGCGGAGAUAUCUUAACGGGGAUGACUGGGUGCGGUUGGAGGGGUAUUUAAGAUCAGCGGGAACAUAUAGAAAUUUCCUUAUUAAUGAAUUCAAUUUUUGAACUGUAAAAUAGUUAGUAUUCUUUACCUAGGCUUCUCUGUAAUAUAUUGUUUUUGCUAUUGUUGUUUACCUGAAUCUUAUCUUGUUUAGUAAAUGAGAAUAAACUUUGUUUUUCAAUUAUAGUUCAAUAAUAGUUCAUCUAUGUUGAGGAAGGCUUAUAACUAUUCUUGUAUAGAGUACCGGAAUCAAUGACUAAAAUUUAUCAAACUUUUUAUCUUGAUUAGUUAAGGAAAACUAUUAUCUUUAUCCACCAACUCUGGCUGACGGCUUCGGCCAUGCCUAAUGAAUUUUUGUCAACCAUAGAAUGAAUAAUACUGCAUGUUACUUCAUUGGAUAAAAUGUAAAGUGUUUAUUAUUCGAUGUAAUUGUGUAUUUAGAACAAUAAAAUUCUUUUCUAUUCUA